AUGGUUUUAGUAAAAAAACCAAAAGCAUUGGAAAAGAAAAAUAAAGAAUUAGAACUAUGUAACGAGGGGUUACUUUCAAAGAUAAACCAUUUAGAAGAAAAGAUUAAAGAGCGAGAAGAAGAGAACAAUACCAAGCAAAAAAUUAUUAGUAAUUUAGAAGAAAAAAUUGAAAAAGAAACCAAAUUCAAGAAAGAAUCUAUCAGUAAUUUAGAAGAAAAUGUUAGAAAAAAAGAAGAAGUCGUCAAAGCCAAGCAAAAAACUAUUAGUAUUUUAGAAGAAAAGGUUAAAAGAUAUGAAAAAGUAAUCAAAACCAUGCAAAAAACUAUUAGUGAAAUAAAAGAAAAGGUCAGAAUACAAGAAAUAGUAUUCAAAGUCAAGCAAGAAAUUAUUAAUGGUUUACAAAAAGUUGUUAGAGAGCGAGAAAUCAAAAUUAUUGGUAAUUUAGAAGAAAAGGUUAGAAAAUAUGAAGAAACCGCCAAUACCAAGCAAGAAACUAUUAAUAAUUUAGAAGAAAAUAUUAGAAAACAAGAAGAAGCAGUCAAAGCCAAGCAAGCAAUUAAUGUUGAAUUAGAAGAGAAGAUCAGAUAUCUUGAUUUCAUUAUAUGUGUUAAAUUAACUACUACAGAUAAAAGUUUAGUAUUUGCAAGUUUAUCAAACUUCUUAAAAAAUCUAUUUAUUCCAAUCCAAUUUUUAAUUCCUUAG